AUGGAGCAAGAGAUCCAUCAUGCCUUACCCACCACCAGUGCUGCUGGUAGCACCAGCACCACCACCGCACUUCCACAAGAGGAAUGGAAAAAGUACGACCAAGAUAAGGAAGGCGAUAACAGUAACCAUCUUCUCGCUCUUUCUACUCCCAUAGGGUGGAUCGUCAAGAUGGUAGCAUGCCAGGUGGAGCUCGUUACCACUGCUAUCCUCAACCUUGCUGAACCAUUUGUUGCCCCCCUCUCCAAGCGCCAGAAUGCCCCUUCUCGUGCCGUCCACCGCAGUGCCGCCACCCUCCACCAAAUAUCCUUCGGCCUCCUUGGAGCUGCCUGCACAAGUGUCAUGCUCAUUGGUGUCAUGGUGGUUGCUGUGCUACUCAGUCUUAGCCUUGUCAAGCUUUUGAUCGACGAGCCCGUGCAUGUACGCCAGACCCUAUACUUUGACUACACGCAACCGCACCCUAAUACAGUUAUUGCGCUCGGUGGGCCCAAGACGAGGAUGGUCCCGACUAGACAUACUACUCAUGUUUUGCUCAACAUGCUCAUGCCAGAAUCCAACCACAAUCACAAGAUCGGUAUUUUCCAGGUAACAGCAGAGGCCAUCGCAUCUAAUGGCGAUGUUAUAGAAGCAUCAAGCCAACCAUGUAUGUUGAGGUACCGAAGCCUCCCUGUUCGACUAAUGCGGACGAUGUUGAUGGGUGUUCCUCUUUUGGCCGGUGUGUCCAGUGAAACCCAGAAGAUAACUAUGGAGAUACUUAGAUACAAGGAAAGACAACCCAAAACUGAGCUGAUCAGGGUAAGUCUACGACCAAGAGCUGGCACCACGGAUCUACCACAGUUAUAUGAAGCAGAUAUUGUCAUCAGAACACAGCUCCCAUGGGGAAAAGAAUUCAUGUACAACUGGAGGUGGACCUUCUACGUUUGGACAUCAUUUUACAUGUACAUAGUGCUUCUGAUUGUUUUGAUAUGCUGUUAUAAGCCAUCAAUUUUUCCGACGGUCAGAAGCACUAACAGAGUAGAUCAUAAGCCUCCAGAAACUGAGACGGGGCUCCGGAACAACGACAGAAAAGACGAAGGAAUAUCUGAUGAGCUUUCUACUACUAUGAAGAAGUGGCGAGAGCGGCGGAUGAAGAGGAAGGCAGCAGCACCGAUGCUACUGAAUAUGCGGUUGCCAGAGCUUGCUGAGGGUUCCGCCUCGAGCAGUGCUGGGAUGGAGCCAAUAGAGGCAAGCGAGGUGAUAGACGACUACAGUGACUUUGCAGCAUCCGAGUCCUCGAUUGCCUACGAGUCCUCGAAGUGUUUUGGAGAUUAA